AUGGAGGUCCCAAUACUCCCUUCUCUAGGUACACUUUCCAAGCUUCCUACAGAGAUCCGCUUGCUCAUCUGGGAUUACCUCCUUGAUACUAUUCACACCCAACUGCCAAAUCACACCACGUACAGCGCCAAUCCUCUAUCUAUCCUCUGCGCCAGUGGGUACCUUUACAAUGAGAUUUCCUCUCAUCUCUAUCACGAAUGCACUCAGCAUAUUGUGCUGGACCCAGAAUAUGACAAGCACGAAUGGAUGAAAGUCCGUCUACAAUCCCGAACCGUGAAUGUGGACCUGAUUUUUAAGAACAACGAAGAGGCCAAGACACAUUUCCAGACCUUUCCGCAUCACAGAACCAACAUGGUGGUCUACUUGGCACCCCCAUCUUCGAUGGACCCGGGUCAAGUAGUAUUGAUGUGGCAGAAGACGACGGCACUGGUCGAUCUUCUUAUUCCCACGACUUCGACACAGCAGGUGAGAGUGUGUACGGUGGGAUCAUGGGAAUCAAUAGACCCACCAACUCAUUGGCAAGGACGAAGAAGUGAUUUUUUCGAGAUGGGAGGCUUGCAGGAGACAAUUAGUUCUCCAUAUACAUACCACCCAGACCAAGAUAUCGCCCUGCUACCAUUUCUUCGUCUGGGCCUAUGGUUCAAGAACCCACAUAUCGACGUUCCCGCGCUGUCAGACGACGAGUUUAACAUUUUACAUCACCACCUAUCGUCCUUAUUCAACCAAAAAGGGUUCAAUCAUAGAUUCAACACCCUCCACUGCCUCAGAAAGGAAACAGCGGUUUUCCAAAUCGAAAGAACAAUCAUUGAAACAGAUGUUUUCCUGGAUAACUCCCUCGACGAGCUACCCGGUAUAACAGCAGCUUUCCUUCGACUGGAGCGAUUCAAACACUGGUUCAAGGACGGACAAAGCUGCAUAUCGCCGUAUGAGGAAAAGGUCGCCGAGAAAUUAUCGGUCUGUCCGUGUGCUGUCUUGAAGAUGGAUCCCUGGCUGGCGAGAAUGGGCCUGAGAUACAGCGUUCUCAUGCUGUUUUAUUUCACCCUUACCGCUGACAAUAUCAAACGGGUCCAUGAGAGUGAUAUGGAGUUCGCAGCUUUGGUCGGGAAUGUGCUUGGCUGGCCUUCCGAACGUCAGCGUACUACGUGA